AACAAGCCAACUCCAUAGUUGGCGAUUUUCUUCCCACAUCCUACCUCCACCUCCAACCACGAAACCAGACAACAAAUCCAAGCUUCCAAUAAAUAGUCAGACCAUCAACUCACCAUGACACAACAACCACCACAAGAUAACAAAGACCAACCCACUCCUACCAAUCCUCCUUCUCGCAGAGAGACUGAAACAAUCCCCGAGGGAUUGGCGGGUGCGUUUCGUGGUCUGGCUGCUGCCACACGCAAAGUCCUACAUCCAGUGCGCAAAGUGAUUGCGGCACGAGCUCCCGCCGCCAAACAAACGGUUCGUGCCGUUGGACAGAAUCGUCCCUUGGCAUUUGCCAGUGAAGGAGCCGUGGCAGGAGAAGCAUUACUGCCAAAAUUGGUUUAUUAUGGAGCAUGGGGAUUGAGUGGCGUUGCCAUUGCCGCCGAUAUUUAUACCAAACAAGACGAUGCUCCUCCCGCGCUAAAACAAAACACGGCACUCUAUUGGACGGCCUUUCACAUUCCCGCCAGUCUCGUGGUACCCGCCAUGAUUAUUCAUCAAGUCGUUCAUGCGGUCGAGGCGGGUGUACAAAAUCCCAAAGGCAUGGCCAAAAGUUGGCCGCCACGAGUCAAAACCAUGGCGCCGGUAGCGGCGGCACUCUUGAGUAUUAUACCCGUGGUACCCGUGGUCGAUCAUGCCGCCGAAGCUAUUAUGGAACCAACACUGGGGGCCUACUUGGGAUUGUCGUUUGAACAUCAUCAUCCAAAGGCAAAGGAAGCAGAACCGAACAAGGAAGAUUGAGUCGAAUCAGAAUCUUCAACCAUACAAUACACAUGCACUUUUGGCAGGAAUUCUUUUUUCUUGGACAGGAACAGUCUGCAUCACAACUCGUGAUUCAACAGCUUUUGACAACCUCUCUCGAACAUGAACUUUCUUACAAUCGUCUUUUUUGGAUGCCUUUUUGCUUCAAUGAAUGGUAGCUUGGUGAUUGCUCUGAACAAAGGACUUGUAGUAACAUCCGGUAGAGUAACGUUGUGGUUUUCUUCUUUGC